AGUGGAUUACGAAUGCAGCGAUAUAAACAAAAAUAAACUGCACUCCUACUCAUUAACAGUCCUCUUUAGUUGUACAUGAAUGGAUGUACUGUAAAAUAUAGUAAAGUUGCACCAAGGAAGCAAACUCAAUAGCACAACAGUUUAUCGUAAAAUCAGUAUUUACUUGAAUUCCCUGUGCUGGAAAACAGUACUUAGUUCUAGGAACCAAUCCGUCUGCGUCCCUGCAACUGCAAUCAUUAUGCUCCUGUAUCACAUCAAGGAAGUGCUUUUUAAAUUCUAUCGGGACGACGUAGCCAGAAUAGUGGCUCUAGUGGUUCUCGCUCUUUCCGUCGUUACUGGAUUUUAUGUUAGCUCCAUACUAGGUCUCACUAUUCUGCUGUUUUUCAUCAAUGGUUGUGCUGCGGCAGUAUUUACACUUAAUCACAAAGAAACUGUAGGGCGGUACCUACAGAAGGUGAAGGAUUUUUUCGGCUACAAAGAUUAUGACCCCCGUACAGCUUUGCAGUGUGAUGUUUGUGGACAGGAAAAAUGUCCACGUCACAACCGCAACGCGUUGGUUCAUGAACCGUGGAAGGGGCUUCUAAUUGAUCGGCCGCUAGAUGACGCGGUGGAUAAAUUUUUCACUCACAUUUUGGACAGUUUCAUAUGCAAUUGGUACUCGCAGAUAGCUCCCGAUGAGGAGUUUAUUCUCAACAUCAAAAGCAACCUGCGGGAUGCUCUGUGCCGGUUGUUAAUCAGAGCAAUGGAACUAGAUGCUCCGACUGUAAUUAGUACUCGGUUGCUACCGACGUUUUUCAUUCAUUACGAAAUCAUUGCCAAAAUGCUACUGGUCGAUCACGUGCCGAUGGAUCGGUUGGCAAAAACAUUCCUGAUCGACGAGUAUCCUAUUCAUCCAGCGGUUCUGAACCGGCGAGCGGAACUGAACUACUUGCGAGGUGUCGCUAAAGUGAUGAUUCCUAGGUUGUUCACUCAGGAGAACGCCAAUUGUAAAAUAUUCUUCAACUUGAUUAAGGAAUUGCUAACGUUUUGGGUGCUGCUUCCCUUGUUGGAUGUUAUUUCGGACCCGAAUCUUAUCAAUCUAUUGAUUAUUGCUGCUACUGAUAAGAGGUUAAAGGAAGCUCACGCGAUAGGAAAAAGAUGCGAAAAAGUGGAAAUUUUGCAUGAUUUCGUUGAAAGGAGUCGUGUAAAAUUAGAGUGUGGAUUGGAGACAGUUGUCGAGGAAGAGAACAUCCUAAAGGACCAGAGCAAGCUGUACUAUUUUAUGCAAUUUCUUAUCAAGGAAGGGUCGGUCGAAUGGUUGCGGUUCUAUCUGGAUGUUGAUAUCUUAAACAAAGAUCUGGAGGACCCCCACAUCACAACGGAUCCUACCAAGCUGUCCUCGCUUCACCAACAAUCGGAGAAACUGCUGCAGACCUAUCAGAAUAUGGUGAAAAACGAUAAGGAACAGUUUACUGCUUCUACACUGUCAGAAGCACACGAGCGGGUAAAGGAGAAGCUGGAGGAAAAGUGGCGCAAACACUUCAGUAGAACUUCCGAAUAUUUUGAACUAAUUUACGGGAAUCGUGAAAUCAGGGAGAGUUCGGAUAAGAAAUCAUCCGACAAUUCGGGCGGUGCUGGAACCAAGUUAAGCUCUAAAUUCAAGGAAGCGAUUAGAGGUGCAGUUGACGGAGCUCCUAUUGAAGCCACCGAAGCGCCCACCGUUUGGGACGCUCUGAAUGACGCGCAAGCAAUACCCAGCAACAAUAUUUACAGUUCAGUCACCCAGAAGCUGCGUAAAGAGAAGGGCCAGAGUUUGGAUGCUUUUAUGUUAACAUUUAUGCAAUCAAUCGAACAGAGUCCCGAUAUUGGAGAAGAUGUCAUUCAGAUCAAGGAUAAAGUGAAAAAGAAAUACAAAAUACCCGGUCAGAGUGUUGUUUUUGGCGAUUUGUUUGAGGUGAAAAAAGGUUCGAAGAAUACUCACACAACCACCCUUCUAUCGCACAGUGUCCGCGGUCCAUCACAGUGCUUCAUCUACAUUCUGGUGAAAAUUCUCAACGCUCCGUUUCUGAUUGUUCGAUUGGCGCUUGCUUUUUGCUGCGUUUCGCGCACUACCGUUGAUACCCUUAUCCACACCGGAAUUGCACGACUGCUGCGGUCCGGGUUGAGGCAGUCGCGGCUGGCCGUCCUUAUCAAUCUGCUUAGUGAGAUCAUUUUUGUGAAAAAAUUACCUGAACCAACACCGGCCGAAUUACUUCGACGUCAGCAGGAGGCUCGCAAGCGGUUGGAUGAACUACGACCCGGUUUAGGCAUUGUAGCAGAUAUACUACAGUCACCGGCGCUUAACAAACAUUUGAUGUACUGCUUGUUCGAUAUCAUUCUGGGUGAGAUGUAUCCAGAGUUUGAAAGUCCCGCCAACUGGAAGGAGUCCAGUCAAGUGUAAUAAAUUUAGGAGUAGGAUGCUCUCUGCAUUGAUCAGCAUUCUGUGAGUGCGAA